AUGGGAUAUCAUAAUACAGAAGAGGCACAACUAAUAGGCGUUUCCUCUUAUAAUGUUCCUUUGAAAACAGAUGCAACAUAUAAACCACCAUUAACGAACGGCGUCGCAACUCUCAUAAAACGUUCUUCCAUUAAAAAAAAUUUUACGAACGGACUAACAAAUAAUUUUAGACAUUCACUUCGAGCGUCUGAUGUUAUUAACACACCCCCAACCACACCACCUUCUUCUAAUUUAAUAAAUAAAAAAAACACAGUUAAAAUAGAAUGUCAAGUUCGAGCACGCAUUCCGACAUCUACAGGAGAAUUUUUUCUUCACCUUUACAAAAGUGAACUUGAUAAUAAAGAACACUUAGCAAUUGUAUAUGGCGAUGAUAUUCGAAGUAAUAGUUUAGAUGCUUCUAGACCGGGAGAAAGUGAAAUGGAUAGAAUCAUAAGGGGGGCAUAUAAGGGUAGAUUAAAGCCUGGUCAAAGGUCAGUUGAAACUAGCAAUGCUGAUCCCAAGGUUUCUACGGUACAAUUUCCGCCGCCGUUAGUUAGGAUUCAUUCCGAAUGCUUCACAGGAGAAACCAUUCAUAGUGUAAGAUGUGAUUGCGGAGAACAAUUAGAUGAAGCCAUGCGGCUAAUAAAGCUGGAAGGACGUGGGGUUAUUAUAUACUUGAGACAGGAAGGCAGAGGAAUUGGUCUUGCGGAUAAAUUGAGAGCAUAUAAUUUACAGGAUAUAGGAUACGAUACUAUAAAGGCUAACCACGUUCUCAAGCAUCCUGCCGAUCUUCGUAAUUAUGAUAUUGCAACACAAAUUUUUGAAGAUCUUAAUUUAUCCAACGUUCGAUUGUUAACGAACAAUCCUGACAAAAUUGAACAGGUUGAAAAUGCAGGAAUUAAAGUUAUUGAGCGCAUUCCGAUGGUUCCCAUUGCAUGGCAAAGUCCCAAUCCAAAUCACAUUGGAAAAGAAAUGGAUCAAUAUUUAAAGGUGAAGGUAGAACAAAUGAGACAUUUAUUAAAUAUACCGGAAGCAUUAUUACGCUGA